AUUUUAUUCAUUGUUCUGUUGACAACCGGAAUGUCAGAAUUUGCCGUCAAAGAAAAGUGAAAUGUUGAGAAAAAUGAUGUAAAAAUAGGGAUUUUCUUUAAAAAAUUUAUCUAAAUAGUGAUUAAAUAGAUUUUAAGAGAUAUUUGGAAUGUGAUAAACCCUUCUCGGAGUCAGUUUGAAGCAUCACCUCACCGUGGGAGUCAUGUAAAGGGAGUUUCACUGAGAAACAUUGUCCAGGAACAAGGAAGUGCAUCUGCAAAAAAUUUGGGAGAAAAAUGGGAACUCGAAUAUCAACCAACAAAACAACAACACGAAGUGCUGUCCCAUGUCCAAGUCCCAAUAAUCUUCCACCGCUGACCUUCCAUCAGGUACAUGGGGAGAAUAUUCGGAUUUCAAAUGAGCGCCGUGUGGCACGACGUCAUGAGAGCUUUUGCAAAGGCAUCACAUUUAGCUCACGUCCUGUGCGGGUGAAUGAGCGUGUUUGCAUUAAAUUCAAUGAAAUAUCGAAUAACUGGAGUGGUGUCAUACGUUUUGGUUUUACAUACAACGACCCAAUGACACUGCGGUAUGGACUUCCCAAAUAUGCCUGUCCGGAUUUGACCAAUAAACCGGGAUACUGGGUGAAGGCGCUCAAUGAGAGCUACUGCGAACGUGAUAAUAUUCUCUUUUACUACGUCACAGCCUCGGGGGAUGUGCACUUUGGCAUUAAUGGGGAGGAGAAGGGUGUCUUUAUACCGGGCAUUGAAACAAGGAAUCCCCUGUGGACAAUUGUGGAUAUCUAUGGGAAUUGUACGGCCAUUGAGUUUCUUGAUUCGAGAAAUUACAUAAAUCACCGUUAUCAGCCACGACACUCACUUCCAGAUGCCGAAGUUGAGAGGAUUAUGCCAAAUAUGCAAGCACUCUCGGUGCAGGGGAGUACGGAUGAGAUUCUACCACCAAUUCGCUUUACACCACCUGCGGGUACGACACUCGUGCCGGUGCCCUUUCACCGAACAAAGGGGCGCAACAUACGGCUUUCGAUGGAUCGGUGUGUGGCAUCGCGAAUGGAUACGGAAUUCUGUCAGGGAUAUGUGUUCACAGCCCGUCCACUUAGAAUCGGGGAAAUUCUCAUUGUACAAGUUCUUAGGACUGAAACAAUGUACGUUGGUGCUCUCGCUCUGGGACUAACAUCGUGCGAUCCGGCCACACUGAUGCCCACAGAUCUGCCCGAUGAUUCGGAUCUCCUGCUCGAUCGACCUGAGUAUUGGGUUGUGAGUAAGGAUAUUGCCUCUACGCCAAAUCGUGGUGAUGAAAUCACCUUCUGUGUCACUGUCAAGGGUGAGGUGACGAUAAGCAAGAACGGGGGACCACCGUCGGUGGUGAUGCACGUGGAUCAGAGUCUGGAACUCUAUGCCUUUCUGGAUGUCUAUGGGUCCACACAGAGUGUCCGGGUGAUGAGUCUUCCACCACCAUCUCCACCACCACAAAUUCCAACAGCCACAGUGGCCGUUCAACCCGCCCUCAUGCCCCAGAGUCAACCAAAUGCCUCUCCGCGUCGCCUUCAGGUGCAACUGCCGAAUUCGGAGUCAAUGAACAGCAUCAGUAGUCAUGGGAGUAGUCAAGUGGAGCAGCGUAAACUCAUGCCAGUACCAUGCACAUCGGCUAGUCGGGUAAUCAGUGUCCCACCAACGCGGGAAAUGAUUCAAUUGCAGCCACGGGGAGCUGUUCUUGUGGUCAAUCUACCACCAGAUGUGCUUACAAAUCAACAAUUGUCCCCACGAAUGCCCAGCUCAACCCUCCUUUCAACCCAAAGCAAUGCCACGUACAUUGAGCCCUACUCAGUGUCAUCGUCCAACCAUGUCAAUUCAAUCGCUGCCAAUUGGCAACAAGAGGGAGCAAGUGGACCUAGUGGAGCUGGCACAGAGUGCACCAUCUGCUAUGAGCAUCCCAUUGACUCAGUUCUCUACAUGUGCGGUCAUAUGUGCAUGUGCUAUGAGUGUGCUGUCCAGCAGUGGCGCGGUAUUGGCGGUGGACACUGCCCACUUUGCCGGGCGGUAAUCCAUGACGUCAUCAGGACAUACAAGUCAUGAUAUGGAGCGGUGUGAACGCAAGGGGUGUACGUACACUUGACGGUGUGACCACGAAUUAGUCCACUUGUAAAAUAUACCCAACAAGCAAAAUAGCAUUAACACAAAAUGGGGAAUCUCGUGUUGUUUCUUGAAUGGACAUUACGUGUCCCGAGGAGAUGCGGUGCUUGGGAAAAGCAUCACAAACAUUGGCGAUAUUAAACCCACUUAUGAAUGGCUCUAAUGUGGCCACUUAAGAACAAAACUUAGGCGGUUAGGAUAAAAGGCACUUGCACAGCAAUUUUCAAUGAUGUUCAUGAUAUAAAAUGAUAUAACUAUAACAUCACAAACGUACGAAUUAUCCAAUUUAUCAUGACCAUAUUGUCCUUAUUAAGUUUUUUUCAUGAUGUGUGACAAUUUGUAUAUUUUACAUUCAUUGUAUAAAAGAAAAUUAACUUUUCCGCAGAAUUCAAUGGAAAAGUCAUCAUUGGAAAGAAAGAAUGCUGAAUGGCGAAAAUUUGCAUGAGAGAUGAGCGAAAAAAAAGGAAAAAAAUAAAUUAUAACUGACUGAUCUGUACAUAUAGUUUAUAUUACAAAAAAAUGUAUUAUUUUUAUUUAUUUUGCACAAAAACUUACAACGCAAAAAGCUCUCUUCAAAAUUUUAACACAAAAGAUCUUACUUCACUCUCUUUUAACCUUUUAAUCUUCCCCCACUUUGAUAUUUUAUUUUCUUUCUACUUGACCAAAGUAUAUAAUUAUUAUUUUUUAGCAUAACAUCUGUUAUUUACAUACAACAAAACAAUAUUUAGUACAUUAUAAGCUAGAGGACAAAAAAAACGUUGCAUUUAAAGUAAAAAAAUAAAUGAUGAAGAAAUAGCAUAAGGAAUUAACAUGCCAAAUUUUAAUACAAUUUAAACACACACAUAGUAGAGAUGUUAUACUUCUGCCAAAAAAAAAAAAAUAAAAGAAAGAAAUUCCUAACGUGGCCAGUAAGUUGGAAUCUCAAUGAUUUUUUUUCUUUCAAAAAAAUGGAUGUUGUAGCUGCAUCGAUUUCAAUAUCGAUUCAAUCUUCCGUUUAUGUUGAAGAAGAAAAAAUAGCGAAAUAAAUCUCUCUCAAGAUGGAAUAAAAACAUUGAAUUAUGCAUCAA